AUGCCAACAACGACAGAAGUAAUCACGCAGCUGCCUCUUCCAAUGAUUCUACCCGUUGCUGAUAAGGUUGUACCCAAAAAACCCGCCAGGUACGACUCAGAUGACCCUACAACAAAAGUAUAUGUUCUUCCUGUCUUUUCGUCGAAAGAAGAAGAGCGCAAGUGGGCGAAAGAGCCGAUGGUAGGAGUGUUCCGUGUGUUUGCAAGACACGGGUUUGCAGAUGGCUUUAACGGACACAUAAGCUUGCGAGAUCCUAUUGAACCGGACAAGUUCUGGAUCAAUCCCUACGCAAAGCACUUUGGAAUGCUAUGUGUAUCCGACUCGGUCCGCGUGACAGCCGCUGGCAAGUAUGUGGAAGGAUCAAAGUCCAAGAUUAACACGGCUGGGUUCAUAAUUCAUCUGACGAUUCACCGUCAUCGUCCAGAUAUCAACGUUGUGUGCCACGCUCACUCUACAUACGAGUCCCGUAUUAACACAAGCUACUGUGUUCCUGCAACUGGGGAUCCCGAUGGUAAGAUUCCGGUAUCAUGGUCCCAUGGCACAGACACCAAGACAAUCAACAAGUUUCUCAAGCAGGAUCUAGACGUGAUAGUGCUUUGCAUGCCGCUGACGACGUCAUCGCGACAUAUAAUUUCUGAAGAGCAGUUCCAUAUCAUGUCGCAAAAGAAGAAGCCCUUCGUGAUCAAUGUCGGAAGAGGCCAACUGAUCGAGCGAGAGGCUCUGAUCAAAGCUCUGGAAGAAGGUUGGAUUAGUGGUGCCGCGUUGGAUGUUACGGACCCAGAGCCACUUCCAAAGAAAGAUCGAUUGUGGGAGACACCAAAUCUUUUCAUUACACCGCAUGUGUCUUGGAAAUCAAUGAGCUACUGGGAGCGGGUGUUGGACAUCCUCGAGCUGAAUCUACAACGACUGGUCCAAGGACGCCCAGUAUUGAACGCAGUCGGGAAGCCUUAG